AUGCCUGAUCUCCCCAUUUUCCUGUCAAACUGUCCUGCCUAUGACGAAUACGACGAUGAGGGCCUGGUAACUGUAUACCAUGGCGAGUUUUGGUGCCGGUGGCCCCAAUGUCAUCGCGGCAAGAAGGGAUUCAACGCCACCAACAACCUUCGCAAGCAUGUUGCGAGUGUUCACAAUCUUGCCGUCAAGCUGGCCGACGUGGGGAAUCUCACCGGUACGGAACAGGACGCCAUCCGGACCUGGUAUGAUGACUUGAUCGAUGACCAGGAGGAGUAG